AUGAUAGCACAACUCCAUUUGCAUCCCGUCAGUCCCAAUCGGCGAACGUUGAUGUUCCUCCUUCGGAAUGGGAAACUGAUGAUGAAAGAGGACGAAGCCGGUAAUCUGCCAAGUCGUCAGACGGCGGCUUCCAAAUGUGCAGCUCGCUGGGCCAGCCUUUUUCCUGAAUUACUCAAGGCCUACAAAGAAGGCUAUAAGCAAGCACCGGCAUUCGACAGUACAACAUCUCGAGUACUGCAAAGUAUGCCCUGGCUAUUCUUUGUCCCUUGUUUUGAUGCGCCGUCAUAUGUUUCCUUUGACACCAAAAGAGCCCGGCCACGCAGUGCACGUGAAAUUGAUGACAACUUGCAUUACAUUUGCCGCGUGUCGAUUCAUAGCAUUGCUAAAUGGGCCGAAGCAGAUCUUGAGCAAGAGGUUCCUGCUUCGUUCAAGCGUCGCAUAAACGAUGCACUUUCUGUUUUUGGCAGAAUACUUCUCAGCUUGAAAAAGCAGUUGAGAGAGCAACACGGCAUUCAGAACAAUGAUUGUCCCGGUUGCAGAUACGUGAGCCAUGCCAAGACCGUAGCAUUGGACGGUAACUUCCAGCUGCGACGCUUUGCACAUAUCAAAGAUGUAGACGGCGUGGAAUUUGAAGGAGAAGAUGAGGUCAACACCAUCUGGGUCAACGAAACUGACCUCAUCCCUUAUAAUGAAUCGGCCAAGGAUGGGUGCGCAUCCUUCAGCGCGCUUGAAAAACAGGGCGGCUCAACGAAGGGUCUCGAUCAAACCGGUGCCUUUGCGUGCACCUGUGGACACCAUGGCUACCCUAUUGCUAUAGUCGAUAUGCCUAGCAAAGGCGAACGGUUAGUUUACUGUUGA